CGUCCUCGCGACAGGGAGCGCCGGCCGCAGCCAUGACGGUGGAGUUCGAGGAGUGCAUCAAGGACUCGCCGCGCUUCAGAGCCACCAUUGACGAGGUGGAGACAGACGUGGUGGAGAUCGAGGCCAAGCUGGACAAGCUGGUCAAGCUCUGCAGCGGCAUGAUCGAGGCCGGCAAGGCCUACGUCGCCACCAACAGGCUCUUCGUGAGCGGCGUCCGGGACCUGUCGCAGCAGUGCCAGGGGGAUGCGGUGGUCUCGGAGUGCCUGCAGAGGUUUGGAGACAGCCUGCAGGAGAUGGUCAGCUACCACAUGAUCCUAUUUGACCAGGCCCAGCGGUCUGUGCGCCAGCAGCUGCACAACUUCGUCAAAGAGGACGUGCGCAAGUUCAAGGACACCAAGAAGCAGUUCGACAAAGUGCGGGAGGACAUGGAGCUGUCCCUGGUGAGGAACGCCCAGGCCCCGAGGCACCGGCCCCACGAGGUGGAGGAGGCCACGGGCGCCCUGACUCUCACCCGCAAGUGCUUCCGCCACCUGGCGCUGGACUACGUGCUCCAGAUCAACGUUCUGCAGGCCAAGAAGAAGUUUGAGAUUUUGGAUUCUAUGCUGUCCUUCAUGCACGCGCAGUACAGCUUCUUCCAGCAGGGCUACAGCCUGCUGCACCAGCUGGACCCUUACAUGAAGAAGCUGGCAGCAGAGCUGGACCAGCUGGUGAUCGACUCGGCGGUGGAAAAGCGGGAGAUGGAGCGCAAGCACGCGGCCAUCCAGCAGCGGACGCUGCUGCAGGACUUCUCCCACGAUGGGCCCAAGGCUGAGUUCGACGUGGACGCGCCCAGCGGGGUGGUGAUGGAGGGCUACCUCUUCAAGAGGGCCAGCAACGCCUUCAAGACGUGGAACCGGCGCUGGUUCUCCAUCCAGAACAGCCAGCUGGUCUACCAGAAGAGGCUGAAGGACGCGCUGACCGUGGUGGUGGACGACCUCCGCCUGUGCUCCGUGAAGCCGUGCGAGGACACCGAGCGGAGGUUCUGCUUUGAGGUCGUGUCCCCCACCAAGAGCUGCAUGCUGCAGGCUGACUCGGAGACUCUGCGGCGGGCCUGGGUGCAGGCUGUGCAGGCCAGCAUCGCCUCUGCCUACCGGGCGAGCCCCGACAGCUGCUACGGAGAGAGGCUGGACCGCACGGCGUCCCCGUCCACGAGCAGCCUCGACUCGGCCUCGGACUCCCGGGAGCGCGGCGUCAGGGCUGAGAGUGCCCUGCAGCGCGUGCAGAGUGUGGCUGGCAACAGCCAGUGUGGCGACUGUGGCCAGCCCGACCCCCGCUGGGCCAGCAUCAACCUGGGUGUGCUGCUGUGCAUCGAGUGCUCGGGCAUCCACAGGAGCCUGGGCGUCCACUGCUCCAAGGUGCGCUCCCUGACGCUGGACUCGUGGGAGCCAGAACUGCUGAAGCUGAUGUGCGAGCUGGGCAACAGCGCUGUGAAUCGCAUCUACGAGGCCCGGUGCGAGGGGCCGGGCGGCAAGAAGCCCACGGCCAGCAGCCCCAGGCAGGACAAGGAGGCCUGGAUCAGAGACAAGUACGUGGAGAAGAAGUUCCUGGGCAGGCCUCCCUCCGCGCCCGCCGGCGAGGCCCCGCAGCGCUGGCGCGCCCCCAAGUGCCGGCGCCACCACAGCUCCCCCCGCGCCCAGCGCCCCCGCCCGGCCCGGCUGGAGCCCACGCUGCCCUCCGUGGCCGCCCUCUGUCCAGGCGGCCUGGAGCGCAGGUUCCGGCGGGACUCCCUCUUCGGCCCCGACGAGCUGGACUCCCUCUUCUCCUACUUUGAUGCUGGGGCGGCCGCCGCCGGUCCACGCAGUCUCAGCAGCGACAGUGGCCUGGGGGGCAGCUCCGAUGGCAGCUCGGACGUCCUGGCCGUCACGGGCUCCGUGGUGGACAGCGUCGCUGAGGAGGAGGGCGCAGAGUCGGAGGGGUCCAGCGGAGAGGUGGAGGGAGACGCGGAGCCCGAGGCCUGGGCCCCAGCGGAUGUGCGCGAGCUGCACCCGGUCCUGGCACACCGCGCCGCACGCGCCCGCGACCUCCCUGCGCUGGCCGCCGCGCUGGCCCACGGGGCUGAGGUCAACUGGGCCAACGCCGAGGACGAGGGCAAGACGCCGCUGGUUCAGGCGGUGCUUGGGGGCUCCUUGAUUGUCUGUGAAUUUCUCCUGCAAAACGGAGCCGACGUGAACCAAAGAGACAGCCGGGGCCGCGCCCCCCUGCACCACGCCACGCUCCUGGGCCGCACGGGCCAGGUCUGCCUGUUCCUGAAGAGAGGCGCCGACCAGCACGCCCUGGACCAGGAGCAGCAGGACCCACUGAGCAUCGCCGUCCGGGAGGCCAACGCCGACAUCGUCACCCUGCUCCGGCUGGCGCGCAUGGCUGAGGAGAUGCGGGAGGCCGAGGCGCCCCGGGCCAGGCGGGCCCCUGGGGGCAGCAGCCCCACGGAGCUCCAGUACCGCCGCUGCAUCCAGGAAUUCAUCGGCCUGCACCUGGAGGACAGCUAGGCCCGCGGCGGCCCCGGCGCAGCGUGUCAGCCAGCGCCGCGAGGCCUGUUCUCCGGGCCCUCUGCCCCGGCCGCGCCCGCUGCGCCACACCCCAUCACCCCACUGACCUGCUAGUUGGGUCCCUCCUCGCCCCAGUGCCCACCGCGGGGCCUCACGGGCCGCCGGGCAGCCCACCCAGGGAAUCAACCCGCGUACCUCACUCGGUGGCCCCGCGCCUGGCCGGGCUCCUCAGGUGCUGGACGCAGG